AUGCGUUCUACUACCGUUGCUAUGGCUCUUUUGAGCACCGUUGUCGCCGCCGACACCGUGACCACGAUCUGGCUUCCGGGAUUCGACCAGCAACCGCUUGUUGCUUCUAUUAUUGGUGGUGACGCCACGGCGACCACAUACUCGAUCGCAUGUGCCGCCGGCACAGAUCCCACCGACUGCGGCGUCGCUACUGGCUUCACCAUGAUCGAAGGACCCAAGACCAUGUCUCUUGAGAUGGUUGACGGCGAUAAGUCUCUUGCCUACGCCGACCUCCACUGCGACAUCGACGCCAGCGCUUCCCAAGCCGCUUGCACCGAGACCAUCGGCGGCUCCUACGCAAACUACCAGGGCGUAACAACCACCACUUUUACUUCUGACGACUUCGAAUCCGGCUGGAUGCCCGUGACCAUCACCGCCGGCUCUGUCACUGGUGGCGCCGCCGCCACAACCGGUGCUUCGGCGACUGAAUCCACUGCUUCUGCGACUACAAAGGCUGCUGCUAGCGCUGCUACCACUGCUGCUUCGACUGCUGCUUCAACCGGCUCUGCAGCCUCUACUUCCUCUGGUUUGUCGACUGUGGCUAGCUCCUCUUCGUCAUCUACGGGUACCGCAUCGGCCAAGGCUACGUCCUCCGUUGCGAGCACGGGUGGUAUGCCACAGAUCACUGGUAAUGCGCAGUGGGCCAUGGGCGGUGUUGCUGUUGCUGUGGCGCUUGCUGCUUUGUAA